CUAAAAGUGACGGAAUAAAGCUAUGGGAAUCAGAAUAUAAUUCGCAACUUCCGCUCUUGGAUCCUCGUCAUGGCCAAUACACCAUCCGCCCCUGCGCCGUCCUCCAGUCUCCCCAUAUCCACGCCCGCACCUCUAGAUCCCGCCGCACCUGUACCAAAGCAAACCACGAACACCAUGGCCGAUACAAAUGGCGGACCGAACACGCCCUCGGUGGACUUUUCCAGUGCGGCCGCGACGCAAGUCCGACCUGGCGGUGCUCCAGCGCGGGUAUAUCUGAAUGAGAAGAUUGUGCCGUACCUGUUGGAAGGGAUGAAGACCGUUACGAGGGAACAGCCGCCCAAUCCGCUCCAGGUGCUAGGGGAAUUCUUGAUUCAGAAAAGCAAGGAGAUCGAGGGUGAUGCGAAGAAAGAGUCGGAGUGAAAGCUGUUGAUGGAGGAUGGUGUUCCUUGUUAUAGUGUUUCAAGGCGCUUAUAUGGGUUGAUUCGGUACCGUGAGAGGAGAAUUGCCCAGCAGAGCUUCUCACGAGACAAGAAAUUGUCGUCUGUUGAUUUUUAUCGUACAAAAUGUGGACUAUUCAGCUCCACGAAGCUUGUUUGAUACCCCCAAUUCCAUUUUUCAGGAUUUACAUGUGUCUAUUAAUGGACUCGUACGAGUCAACACUGUCUUCGAGACGUAAUAAUA